AGAGAGAGAGAGAGAGAGAGGAAGAGCUCCUGUAAAAACUCUUUCUUAAACUUUGGUUCCACUAGCUUUUGAAAAUGGCAGGGGUGAGCAGCUGCAUGAAAUAUUCCAUGUUCAUCUUCAACUUUUUGUUCUGGAUAUGUGGCUGCAUUAUUCUGGGGGUCUCUAUCUGGUUGCGUGUAAGCAAAUCUGCUCAAGAGGAUAUCCAUUUAGAUAGUAGCCUGUUUUCAGCUGUUGACCUGAUGAUAGCAGUGGGAUCCAUCAUUAUGGUCCUUGGUUUCCUGGGUUGCUGUGGUGCAAUGAAGGAAAGUCAAUGCAUGCUGAUCUUGUUUUUUAUUGGACUCCUUUUGAUCCUGAUCCUUCAGAUCGUAGCAGGUAUUUUGGGAGCAGUGUAUAAGUCUCAGAUAGAAACAACACUUAACAAGACUCUCUUCGAGGAGGCAAAGCAGUUGCAAGGCGUCACUUCGGAUUCUCAAGUAUUUCAAGAGAAGUUUCAGAAGUUUGAGAAAAUGAAUCAGUGCUGUGGUUUGGUGAAGGGAUAUGAAGACUGGGGGAGCAAUUUUAAUUCUCCUUAUGGUAAUUUUAAGAUCUGUGAAUGUGCACAGAAAGACCAAAAUACAGAUCUCUGCACCGUUUAUUCUAACAGAAACAUUUAUAAAAGGCCAUGUGGCGUUGUGAUAAUUGAUUUCUUCAAACACCAUAUGGUCAUACUUAUGGGGAUCGCAUUUGGACUGGCAUUUAUUGAGAUUGUUGGUUUGGGGUUUUCGAUGAGCCUGUACUGUCAGAUCCAGAGAAAAUGAAACAAUGGAAGUGUCAGAACUAGGUCAUCAGCCAAAUCAAAACUUUUAUAGUUAAAUUUUGGUUUGCCACAUUUAAACAAAUACAUGUAUGUCACAAGCAGCUGUUUUGAUAAAAGCAGCAGCCCUGAUGAAUACAGAUUCUUCAUGUGAAACAAUCUCCUUAAAAUUAAUGAUGUGAA